AUGUCUGGGAAGAAAAUAGGUGUUUACGUUGGAAUCUGUCAUUCUGAAUCUGAAAAUGCUAAUUUCUAUAGUUCUAGAAUUAAGACCGGUCUUGGUAUAUCAGGGGUUUUAAGCACAUGUCCCGAUGGCAAAACAAAAUCCUUUGAUACAAAUGCUGAUGGAUGCGCAAAAUCUGAAGCUAUCAAUGUAGUUUUCCUUCAAAAAGCAAAAGAUGCUUUGAGAAUUUACGCAGAGAUUGUUAAAGUUAAAUGUGAAUUUACCGAUUUAUGUUUAGAUGAAACGGGACCUAUAUAUGGUUUCUACCGUAGUCCCGAAAAAAUGUCUAAUUUUUUAAAAAGAUUUUAUGAUGAAGUAAAUGUUUCACCUAAAGCGGUGGAAUAUCUUGAAGCUGUUGGUUCAGAAUUAUCAUAUCCCAUUCAACAGAAAAUGUUGAAUAGCCUUAACGAAAAGAUAAGCGUCAUCCUGGGCUAUGAAACCGGUAAAAUCGCCGCCAAUCUUCAUUGUGAUUCACCUCGACAAGACGUACCGGCUUUACGGAAAGGAAAAAUACGCCUUGUUACUGAUCAUACAGAUUUCGGCCGCUCCUAUACAGCUAUUAACGGGCUUUCAAUUACUGGUGUCAAUACACAUGUUCUCUUAAAUGGAUGCUAUAAGCCAAAGGUCCCUUCGCGUUAUAAGUCAAAUAUUCCAUACUUGGUGACAUUAUCAGGAAGACAGGAAUCAUCUGUGGCAAAAAUUAUAAAUGAUCUAAAAUCUCGGCCAAUAGAUCCCGAAGAAUUAGCGUUACUGCAUAAUAUUCACGAGGCGAAAAUUUCCGGUCAUUUGGGACGUGGUUACGUUAUCCUCGCUACGGACGAAUCAAAUACAACGAUUAGCCUAUGUGAGAAAAUGACUUACUACGAUGAUACCAAACGGCCACUCUGGUUCGUGUACAGUGGUAUGGGCUCGCAAUGGUCAGGAAUGGGGAAGCAGCUCUUAUGUAUACCAGCUUUUGCUGCAGCUAUAGAGAAGUGUAAGCGUGUUGUAGAACCUCAGGGAAUUGAUAUCAUUGAUGUGAUAUGUUCAGAGGAUAAAGCAAUUUUUGACAAUGUUCAGAAUUCAUUUGUUGGAAUUGCUGCUGUGCAAAUUGGUCUGACUGAUGUUUUGAAAGAAUUAGGCAUGAAACCUGACAACAUUAUUGGUCACAGUGUGGGUAAAAAUCUCUUUCCAUUCGCCGCUGCGUUGGUAUUGGUAUGGGAUACAUUCGCAAUGACAUUGAUGGUAGAGAGGAAGAAACUAUCAGUUCAAUUCCGCGAUGUACUUUUUCACUCGCAACCAUUACUGCACGACCAACGACAACUCAGAAUUAACAUCACCAUCCAACGAGGCACUGGACGAUUUGAAGUAAUGGCUGAAAACAUUAAAGUUAUAUCUGGUUAUAUUACUGCUGACAUAAGCAAUAACAGAAUAUUAGAAGUAAAUUCUAAAUGUUAUGACAGUACCCAGCUUUGUUCCAAAGAUAUAUAUGAAUUGCUCCAUACACGAGGCUACAAUUACACACAUGAUUUCCGCAGUAUAUACAGCUCUAAUUUUUCUUUAACUGAAGCUCAAAUAAAAUGGCAAAAUAAUUGGAUUACAUUUAUUGACGGCAUGCUUCAACUAAGCGCGCUCAGCUGUAAUCAUAAGAUGAUCUGUAUGCCAGAAGCUUUCAGCAAACUGACGAUCGAUGUAGAGAACCAUUUCAAUAAUAUAUCAAACGCUGAUGAACAAAACAUUUUGAUCGCCAAUAUAUUUAAAACACAAGACUGUAUAAAAUGCGGCGGUGUGAUUAUAGAACAUAUAAAAUAUAAAAAUUUGCCACCGUUGAAUAAAAACGUCGUUUCCCUAAAAACUAAAAAAUUUGUACCUCAUUUCCCAACAAACAAUUCAGACGAACUAACAGCAUCAUACAUAUUUUUACAAAUAGCCGCUGAGAAUUUAAAUAAACAAUUCAUUAACGUUGUUGAAAUCCUGAGAGACGAAACUGCUAAAUCUAACUUUGAGGCGAUCAGAGGUAUUUCUAACAACAUCUCUGGAAUUAGCACACAACACUCUUAUAUUUACAGAGACAAAAUUUUAGAAGAUGGCGAAAAGAUAAAUAGCGCUGACCUAUUAUUAACCACAAACUUAUCUUCUGAUAAAAACAUGGAUCAAAUGCUACAGCGCAUAUUAAAAUGCGAUAGUCUUUUGGUUAAUAAAGAACUGGACAUAGAAGGAAAAUUCAACAGAUGCCUUUCGAUGUUGUAUCGCAGUGUAAAUGCACAUAUUAUUAAUAAUUAUAACCGUAUAGAAUUAGCUAUAUGGAAACCUAAAGAUUCUAAUGGCUCUAGUGUAUACACGGUUCGUUCACAGUCAGAUUUAUCAUAUGUAUCAUCUUUGAUAUCGACUAUUCCUUUGAGUCAAAAAGUUUAUUUACUAGCCAGUUACCCACUUGUUAAAGGAUUGAAAUCCCUGAUUAAAGAAUGGAGAAAUGAAAGAAAAGUAUAUUUGGCUAUAAUACAUCAAGAUGAAUGGGAUGAUAAACUUUUAAAUGAAAUACUGUUCAAAGAUUUAGUGACCAACAUUUACAAAAAUGGUGUCUGGGGAGGAGAAUAUAUUUUGCCAUUGGAAGAGACCUCCACGCCAAAACAUAAUAUUAUGUUGAAAUGCGCCCGAGCUGGUGAUUUCGACUCGAUAUAUUGGAUUGAGGCACCACAAAAAUAUGAUAGCGGUAUUAAUGUAGAUGUUCACUAUGCUGGCAUUAAUCUAGUGUAUUUAAAGGAAGAAGCUGGAAUCAUUAAUUCGUACAACACCGAUGGACAGCGAGCCUUUAAAGUCGACUUCAGCGGCAUAACUGAAGCGGGAAAUCGUGUAAUGGGUAUAGUUCCUGAUCAAGUAAUAAGCACACAAGUUAAAGCGCAACCGGAAUUAUUGUGGUCAGUUCCAGAUCACUGGAGUCUUGAAGACGCUGCCACUGUACCUUUGGCUUACUGUAUCGCUUUCUACUGCUUGAUGAUCAAAACCCAGCUUAUUCCCGGACGACGUGUACUUAUCCAUGGCGGUGCCGGCGCUCUAGGUCAGGCUUUAAUAUCUAUUGCCUUAGCUUUCCAUUGCAAGGUCUUUGCUACAGUUAGUGACAUACGCAAGAUACAUUUCCUGCAAAAACUAUUUCCUCAACUGCAAGAUGAUCAUAUCGGAAACUCCUGCGACCACAGCUUCGGAGACAUGGUUCUCGGGGCUACCGGAGGUGAGGGUUGCGACGUUAUCGUAAGCUGCGUCCAGGGAGAACUUAAAAAUACUACGUUAAAAUGCUGUGCCACGUCGGGUAUAACUCUCGAUACAACACAAUUACUGAGCCGUGAAGAUUUUAACUUUGGAAUGUAUAAUCUAACGAAAUGUCGUUCUUAUGCAAGGAUCAACUUCUCUACAAUCUUUACAAAUCCAGAACAACUAUUGGAAUUGCAAGCAUUGGUCUGUGAGGGUAUAGCACGUGGCUACGUUAGACCAUUAUCACGCCUAACGUUCAUGCCACAAGAGGCUCCGAGAGCUUUCCGAAUUCUAGUUGCCAGACGCCACCGCGGUCGAGUGUUACUUGAUGUACGGCAUCAUGGUGUAAACAUUCCAGUUCCAAGAUUAAGAUGUGCUUCUGAUAUGUGUCAAGUGAUCCUGUCUAAAAAUGAAGAGUUAGGCAUUCAGUUAGCGGAGAGGCUUGCAAACCGCGGUGCACGAAACAUAUAUCUAUACUGUGAAAAAAUAUCUAAUAUACUGCUAUUUAAGCAAAGAUCUUGGCAAGAAGAUGGAGUAAAUAUCAAGGUAUCACAAGAAAAUCUAAAUCAAGCCAACUUAGUUGAUUUGAUCAAAGGCAAUAUUAAUAGAGCUAUAGAAGGAUUAUAUUUGUAUGACAUAAUUUCUCAAAAGGAAGAAAUCGAUAAGUCAGAAGAAUUAAUUUUAAAAGUAAAAAAAAUGAUUCCAAAGCUAAAAUACUUUGCAAUAAUUAAUUCCAACUUCAACAUCAAUGAGCAGAUCGAUGUGGGUAGAAAUCGAGAACCAUUGAUUGUCUGGGUUAAUUUGCCGUUACUGGACAAGCUGGAUGAAUGGGAAAAAAGUUAUUCUUCAGAAGGAUCAAUAUCAUCUUUAACUGCUGUUGAUGUUGUGGAAAAAGCGCUGUGUUCUAAUCAGUCAGUUGUAAUCGCUUCAAAAGUAACACUACCACAUGUUCCUUUAAUGCAAGCAAUUUCCAAAAUGGCAGGUAUUAAUAUAGAAGAUAAGACUCCUGAGAAGAAUACAUUAAAAGAUUUGGGCAUAGAUUUAGCUAAUUCGGAGGCAAUACGAGCAUAUUUGCAUUAUGAGCACAAUAUAUCUUUGACUAAUCAAGAUAUGUCUUCACUUACUCUAAAAACAAAGACAAUUAUUCUUAAUACUGGAUACGCACAAGCUGAACGACAACGAGCGGUGGCGGGAUGGACAUGUGCGGGCGGCGUUCGAGGUGCGGGGCGAGUAAAACAAAACUAUGCGGGAAGCGUAAUACAUAUUGAAACUGAUUUAACAUUUAUGCAACUAUGCUUUGUUUGCAGGCUUAAAAACUUGGAACGAAACAUUAUGAAAAUCAACUACACCGAAGUCGAUGGACUGAAAUCAUUAUUUUUUAAUGUAGACUCUGAUGAGAUUCAAGCUAGCAGUGACAUUGUAUUUCUACCAACAUUAACUAAUACUAUUUUGUCUGAUUGUGAUUUCGAUAAAAGUCAAGCGUAUAUGUGCAUAGUGCCGGGUGUUGAAGGCCACUAUGAGCGGUUCCGUGUAUUGUGUGAGCGACUCAAACUCCACGCGCUCGUACUGCAGCCUGGUCUGAAUAAUCCUCGAGAAAGUAUGGAUGACUUAGCUAAUAGAUAUGUUCAGGUUCUUUUUAAGAAAACAGGUCUUCGUGACAAAUUCGUCCUAUUAGGCUAUGAAAGUGGUGUUUUAAUAGCAAUAAAAAUGGCAGAAAUUCUGGAAGCGCACGGUAUACUUGGAACCAUUUUUUGUAUCGGCGGAUCCCCAGAUGAUAUCAAGGCACAUUUUCAGCAUAAACUAAGCAUUUAUAAUACUGAAGUAGAUCUCCAAAAUGCAAUUUUACAGCACACAACAAGUCUUAUGAUGAAAAAAGCUGAUGAAAGAAUUAAUAAAAAUCUAGAAACUGCUGCGACAUGGGACAAAAAAGUAUUAGCUUGUGCGCGCAUAAUGAAGGAAACUAUUCAACACUCCAGUCAAUAUGCGAAACAAAUCAUAGAAUCUGCGUACGCAAAAGUGUACCAAGUACUUCAGUACGAGCCAGUGCCGGUCGUGCUUCGUUCAAAUAUAAUUUGCCUUCGUCCUACGACAUGUAGAGCAACAACUUUACAGAAGUUUUCUGAACAACCAGUCGUCGAGUACAAUCUAAACACACCGCUCGAGUACAUGAUGCAAGAUUUACGCUGCUCCGCUAUCAUCAACAGACACAUCGGCGAUGAUAUUCUACAACAAUUUAAUAAGAGGAACUUGUGCGAAAUAUAUGAAAGC